GUCAGUAAAAUAUGAAAACAAUAUAGACAUAUUUAAAAGAUGAAAAAAACAGUUGUUGCUCCAGUUUUUUUUAGGGAUAAGGGUGUUAAUAAGUAAAAGUUGCACAAUGUUAAACACUAAGGGUAUAGUAUGGGGUGUUCAGUCCUCGACACAUUUUAAAAUAAAAUUCAAUUAGAAAACUAACAAAAACAAGAAAAAUAGAAAAAGAGCAGUCAUUUCACAAAAAUAAAGCAAAAACAUUAGAAUAACAUAAUACUAUGACAAAAAACAUUUUCACAAUAACUUUCACAAUAUUAGUAACAAAACAAAAAAAAAAGUUGCAAUUUUUGAAAAAUUAGGUUGGAAAAAACUUGUGAUAUGAGAAUAAAGUCAAAAUAUUACGGUAAUACAGUUUCAGUGUUAUGAAAAAAGUGACAAAAGAUCAAAUAUUUGUAAAUGGAAAAAAAACGAGCAGUGGAGAAAAUGGGUUGUUUUACAAAAUGUAAAAUAUCAAAGUGGCUCCCGUAUCCUUUGAUUUUACCGUAUGCGGCCCACACUGGGAAAAGUUUGGACACCUGGUAUUUCACUUGUAUAGUGCUUUUCCACCUCCAAGGCACUCAAAGUGCUUUCACACGGUUAGCACAUUUACCUGCGGAUGACGCAGCAACUAGGGGUUCAGUAUCUCUGUCACAGGAGGACAGAGGAUGGAACCCACAACCUUCAGGUUGGGAGACGACCACUCUACCACCUGGGCCAUGCCACCCCAAAAUAAUCAGUGUUAACUUACGCAUUUACACGCUCCUCUUGUGUAAAACACCAGCUGGGGUCGCUUCAUUUUUGCAUGGAGGUAGAAUAAUAUGGCGUCAAACAACCCCUUUUAUGUGAACGCGCACUGAGUACAAAGCCAAGAACCGGACUUGACAAAGUAAGUUGGCAUCCACCAUCGCAGUACUGUUUAUUUUCUGUUUCACUUUUAACAUUCUCUUUCCUUGAACUUCACAACAUCAUCAAGUGGGUGUGUUGCCUUAUGAGGCUUUUCAGGAACCUUUGGUGCUUCUGAUCAUCUUUUCCAUCAGCUUCCAUUGAUCAGGUGUUACCUGCCAGGGAUGAUUGACAAGCAAUGUUACAACACAAUAAGGCAAACAUUGGAGUGCAACACUUACUCUGCGCAGCUCGUUAAAUUCUCCCGCCAUCAUCACGUACUCGCCGCCAUCGAAACGGACCACCUGACCACAAACACAUCCAUUUCCAUCGAGUCUUACGGGGUCGAUUGCUAGAGUCUAGAUCCACCACUCACCGCUCCAGACAUCCAGCUAGCGUAGUCGCUGCACAUGUACGUCGCCAGGUUUGCCACCUCAGCGGGUUUUCCCAGUCGACCCGUUGGAAUCCGGCUCAGCAUUCCAGCUUCAAAUUGUCCUGUUGGAUCCAAGCGGCUGAAGGCCCCCUAAAGACACCAGCACAGGCGCUAAACAUGUGAAAAACACGUUAAGAAUAUGUUCAAAACGUGUGAAGACCAUGCCAAAACUUGUACCUUGGUUCUGAUGGGUCCAGGCUGGAUGAUGUUGAACCUGAGCCCGUAGCGUCCCCACUCUGCUGCCAAAGACCUGAAACACACCAAGGUGGUCCCCAUGGAAACCUUCUGGUCUACAUGAAGGUCAAAGGUCGCACUCACUUGUACAGCGCCUCCACACCCGCCUUCGCCGAUGCGCUCGGAACCACAAAACCGGAUCCUGAUUCGGCGUAUAUAGUGGUGAUGGCCAGGAAGGACGCACCUGAUGGACAAAGAUGAAGACACUGAUAGACACGUGAAUGACCUGUGACCUUAGUGAGUACAACUAAUGGCGACCUCCUACCUUUGCCGCUGUUGAUGAGUCUCUUGGCGAGCUCCAGAGAGGUGAAGGCAGUUCCGUUCAGGACGAUGUCCGUGAUGGUCUUCCAGGCGUUGGCUGACAGAUUUUCUGACGGGGAAACGAAGUUUCCUGCUGCGUUGUUGAUGAUCACCUGCAGCGAUGGCAACACAACAUGAUGUCAUCACGACCACAGCCCUGGUUAGGUUACAAUAUUAUAUAACAAAUAUCCUCUAUGUGAUAUAUUGAAUAUGAGCAACGGCGUGACAGAAGAUCGAUGACUGAUACAUGAUAGAUGAAAGUCACCUGAUUUUUGCCAUGGCAUCGUGUGUGCGUCUGUGUGUCCUUACAUCAGGUAAGCCUGUCAGACUUUCCAUGUGGUCCACACAACGUGUUACAGCCCGAGGAUCUCUGACAUCAACCUGGACCGCAUGAACCUGAGACACCAACAUGACAGUCAAACAAUGACAUCACUGCUGUGUCUCAUUCGUGCACUCACACACUUAAGUCUUUUAAGUGCAUUAAGUGUGUUCACACUCUGUACUACGAAAGAACUCAGUCUGUAAUGGAAGAAGGUAAAUAUUGUGAUGGCCAUUUGUGUGAUGAUAGUACAACACUACACUGUCAAAAUUCACACACCCAGGUACAAAGUGCACAGCACAGGUGUGGCAGGUACCUUGUUUCCAGUCUGGCUGCUGAUCUCAUCAGCUGUUUGCUGCAGGAUGUCCAACUUCCUGUACAGAAGAGAGUGAGUACUCAGUCAGUACUGGAGCUUGAUAGCGUACACAUGCAGCUCACCUGCUAGCAAUGACACACUCCGCUCCCAGCUGUGACAGGGUGGUCGUCAUGGCACGGCCCAAUCCUGUCCCGCCUCCCGUGAUGAAAGCCACGCGGCCGUUGAAGCUACCGGGUGCCAGCAUGGGCGCCUCUUGCGGCGGGAAGAAGCGUGACUGAGGAAGAGGAGGCUGUUGAAGAACGGCCGGUGAACUGUGGAAACAUGACUGCCAAGAGAAAUGAGAACAUUCAUUAAUUCGUUCAAAGUGACACAUAACAUAAAUAUUUAAGCAUGGACAGAAAUGGACAAUUUGGAGGCGAACAGGUUUUUGAACUGGAAAGAACCCACACACUGGUCCGAGUCCAUUUCCCAAUUCAGAACAUUCUGAAUGUCAGGCACACGAAUUGGUGCUACAGUUCUAUCUGGUGGCCAUAGAGUUGAACUGCAAUUCUUCAUUAACGGCUUUAAAAAACGCUCUUUAAGACAAUUGUUACCGAACUUGAAAGAAAACAUAAUUAAAAGUGCAAGUACAGGUUUUAUGUAGAAAAACACCAAACUCACCGCUAAAAAUGACGUCUUGAAAAUCUUCCUUCGAAGAACUACUGCCGCCAUGUUUGCUGAAGACCUUUGGCCCAGAUUGUAUGGCGUUGUGUUUUUUCAAAGAAAAACACUUUUUAAAGGAAAAGAAAGACUUCUUAAGGCACUAAAGUGUUUUAAAAGUAAAUCAUGUCUUUUGAAAAAAAGAACGUGCUUGAAAGGUAAGCGUAUUGCAGAAAAUACAGCUUUUGGCAUGAAAAAGAGUUGAGAAAGAAAAACUUUUUAAGGAAAGAGCGGACAAACCGGGAAGAAAUCAGCCACUAGUCAACUGGAGCUUUUAGUUGUGCGAUGAAGUCCAAUAAGAUCGACCAUCAACGGAGCCUACCAACACAACAUCAAUUGACCAGCCUCUUAUUUUGAAAUGCUUCCGGUUAUAUCUGUCGCUUCCGAUUUUUUUCCGAAAAGGACCCGAACCACGUAGCUGCUCGAUCCGACCAACAGUGAUCCAUUACCUGAUCAGUGUGAAUGAUAUCUGAUCAGUUUGACUAGAUGGAAAGUCCAAAUAUGGAACCAAAACUCAUAGUGAUAUUCAGCGGGAAGCGGAAGUCCGGAAAAGAUUACGUGACGAAUGUGAUCUUGGAACGUUUAGGGGGUGACGUUUGCGGCGUCGUACGUCUUUCUGCGCCCCUCAAACAACAGUACGCUCAGGAACACGGUCUAGACCUGGACCAGCUGUUGGGGCCCGGCCUCUACAAGGAGCGGUAUCGGGCCGAUAUGAUUCGCUGGGGUGAAGCUCGACGACUACAAGACCCUGGAUUCUUCUGUCGUCUAGCAACCAGAGGAGCUUGGCAACCAGUUUGGGUGGUGAGUGACGCACGGCGGCUGUCAGACCUGCAGUGGUUUUGGAACAGGUUUCCUCAACAGACUCGAUGUGUCCGAGUUGAAAGUAGUGAAGAAACCAGGAAGAGGAGGGGGUGGAGCUUCACCUCAGGUGUUGAUGAUGCGGAGUCUGAGUGCGGGCUGGACAGCGGGGUGCAUUUUGAUUGGACUAUCACCAAUGAAGCAGACGCCCCCUCUUUAGAGGAGCAGCUGUUGCCCAUUCUGGCGCUGGCGACACAAGCUGCUGAUCAAUAACUUAAUGACAUUUAAAAGAAAAAUCACGAUAACAUUUGAACUUGGUGCUUUUAUUUUAGAAAAAGGCGUCUUGUGAUGGCAUCAUCACAGCAUAAAAACAUGUUUUCAUCCAGAGAGGCGUCUCUCACCUCUAAUUGGCCCCUUUAGUUUGGCAGAAGAAUACAAUUGGCUGUUUCCACCAAGCCAAGCAAGAAAUCAAGCGAGCGUCUGACUACUAAUCCCACUGAUUAACGAGAGGAAUGGUCGCGAGUGUUCCCUUUGAGACGCCGUUGUUCAGCACGAGUUGAGCUCCUCCAUGGUCUGGUUGAGGGUGGCAUGCAGCUCCAUGUUGGCGUUCUUGGCCGCAUCCAGCGAGUCUGGAAAGAAAACAUCAGUCAGAACCUGCAGUCAUGUGACAUGCUACAGCCAGCCAACGGGGGCGGACCGCCGCACCUUCCAGGCCGUCGAUGGUUUUCUCCAGUUUGGUCACCGUACGCUCCGCACUCUCUGCUCUGGCCUCGGCCUGGACAGGAAGGAGAUGCAGAAUGAACGGGAAGCUACCGGCCGAGUAAACAUGAGUUUGCUUUCACACCUCCUUCAGUUUACUGCUCAGUUUCUGGAUCUCGUCCUCGUAGCGGUCCUCCUGCUGGGAGAACUGAAAAGGCAAAAAAAAAAAAAAAAAAAAAAAAAAAAAGCUGGUUGACGUGCUGAACAAUCACAGGCCUUGACACUGACCCCUGACCUCCUACCUUCUCAGUCUGAGACUCCAGACUCUUUGAACUCGCGGAGAGGGUUUUCAGCUCCUCCUCCAACUCGCGACUUUUGCUGCAGACCAUAAAAGAGAAGGUCAGAAUGCGGCGCUCGGCACUGCAAGGCAUUGUGGGGGAAGGUGGCGCACCAAGCAGCAGCAGGAGGAGGAGCUGAAGAAGCAGCUGAGGGUCAGAGUUCAAAAGGUCAGCUGAUUGACAGCAGGUAGGAGGUCAGGGGACCCACAGUACCUUGUCCUGAGAAGCCUGCAAGCUCUUCACUGAUUGGUCCAAACUCCUCAACUGCUCCUCCAAGCUCCUAGCAUUACUGUUUGCCGCAUGGCAGAAAGUGGAUACAAAGGAAGUAGACAGCAGGAAUUGGAUACGCAGGAAGGAGGAAGCUGCUUGUGCCUAAACAACCAAGAAGCGUGUGUUUGUGUGUGCAUGAGUGCAUUGUAACCUUUCAGCUUGCUCUGCUCGGGCUUCAGCGCGCUCCAGAUCACGCUCCCCCAUCACCAAUUUACGAGCCACCUGUCAAUCAAACACCACACCAUGUCGGGCAUGUGAUCAUCAAGUGGAGGAAAAAAAAAGAAAAAAAAGUGAUGCCUCAAAAUGAGAUUUUCACAAACACAGUACAGUGCUACCUCAGUUUUUGUUAUUAAUUCAUUCCAAAAAAACCUGUGUAAAAUUGUAUUGUCCGGAAAAAAAAUGUCCUCAUAGGAAACGUAAUGUAAAUCCAAAUAAUGCGUUCAAAAAUGUUAACACAAAACACGAACAAUUAUAGUUUUACAUGCAGAAAACAAUGCAAAAUGCAUGUAAACAUCACUUUUACCUUAUUGAAGACUUUUGUUGGCAAUGACCGAGUGAGGAGGGGAGGAGAAACCCACAUGGAGAACACCCUGGUACUUUGCAACAAGUUAUUUCUUGACUUCAAGUGUUUUUCACCUUCUUUGUCAAGGCUUUCUUUGGCUCCAUCGUGGCUUAUUUUGUAGGCGUUAAAAAAAAUAAAAUAAACUGUGGUCUGUGUUAAGAACUAUGGAGUCAACCGGUAAUGACGUCAUCGUGGGGGAAAUUCACUUCCGGUUCCGGUUUCCAGUUGAGAGCAGGCUAACAGGCACGUUACGAACACAGUUGGAGGGAUAUGUAAUUUGAAGCGAGUUGCAUACACAAGAUUCAACAUGCCAGAGGGUAAAAGACAACUUUGUUACGUGCGAUAUUACACGAUAACCGAGAUGAGAAUGAGAACCAUGAGAACCAAGCCAACAUUUUCGCCCAAAAAACAAAUCAUGCGAAAACUGAGGGGUUGUAAAAGCGAGGUUCCACUGUACAUGAGCGCGUGCAGUACUUCACAAACUUUCAUAACAGAAAGCAAUAGAAAGAAUACAAAAUAAUCCACAAAGUCAAAAUAAAGACGUGUCAUUUAAUGAAUGUGAUCGCUCCUCCACACGCGAUAAAGAGAACAGAUGAGAACUUGUAAAUGUCACAGAGAAAAAAAAUGACAUGCUGUCAUGGGAAUAAAAUCUAAGAUAAUUCUGUUUAGUUAGUUGAAUAAAAAACCCUGUUCCAUAAAAAAGUAUCCUUGCAUUACUUUUGUAACAAACUUAUAUGAACUUGACCUUCUUGGGGGUCAGCUGAAAGUAAAGCCGUAUUAUGUGUUAAUUGUCUAUUAUUUGAUUGUAUGCUAACAUGUUUUUGUCGCUAUAUGGUCAUGUAUGUUAAAACAAAAACGAUGCUAGUAUUUGCAUGUGCGUACUUCCUCGUAUUUGCGGUCGGCCUCCUCGGCGAUCAGCUGGGCUUGUUUGAGAUCGACCUUCAGAAGUUCCAUCUUCUCCUCGUCCUUCAUAGCUCGAGUCUCGAUCACACGAAUCCCUCUGGACACACACAGCCCUCAUGAUGUCAUCACGUUAAAAGACCAGCCAGCGACUACUCUGCCCGCU